AAACAAGAUAACAAUUUUAACCACAAAAAUAAUUAUUUAUAGGUGUUAUUUUUGUUAGAUAAAAUAAAGAAAGUAUAUAAUUAAUAAACGUGUAACCUCAAAAAUUACUGAAAAAAGUUCAAUAUGUUUUGGAUUCUUGGAGCAGUACUGUUAGCAACUCUAACCUACUACUUCCUUAUAAAACCACUUUAUUUCUGGAAAGAACGAGGUGUUCCACAGAAAGACUUCUUCGAAGCUUUUAGCUUCUCGUGGUUUGGUCUGUUCUAUCGCAUGACGUUUACAGAAAAUAUAAUCAGCCUUUACAGGGGUUUCCCUGGGAGCAGAUAUCACGGCUUCUAUCAAUUCAAUUCUCCUUCUCUGUUAAUCAAAGAUGUUGAUUUGAUCAAGCAAAUGGUAAUAAAGGACUUUGAUUAUUUUAACGAACAUCGUGUUUUCGCUAGGGAAGAUGUAGAUCCUAUGUGGGCAAAAAAUCUGUUUGCUUUAACAGGUAGCAAAUGGAGAAAUAUGAGAUCAACCCUUAGUCCCUCGUUCACCAGCAGCAAGAUGAAAGGAAUGUUUCUCUUAAUGAAAGCUAACGCUGAGAGGUUCGUCAAUUUUUACCUCAGUCAAAACAAAGAUGUGUUCCCAGUGGAAAUGAAAGAAGUAUCUUCGCGGUAUAGUAACGAUGUGAUAGCUUCAACUGCCUUUGGAUUUGAAGUUGAUUCGCUGGCCAAGCCGAACAACGAAUUCUACGUCAACGGAAAGAGUUUAACUGCAUUUGGUAGCUACAGAGCCUUAUUUAGAUUUGUUUUUAACAUAUUUCUACCAAGUGUCGCGAAGCUCUUGAACAUCAGAAUCAUCGAAGAAAGCGUCGGGGACUUCUUUACGAAGAUUAUUGAAGAUUCUAUUAAAAUGAGAGAAGAAAAAGGAAUUGUGAGGCCAGAUAUGAUCCAUUUACUUCUAGAGGCAAGAAAAGGAACCUCUAAAGCCGAUGAACAGCAGACUACUGAUGAUACUGGAUAUGCCAUUGUCGAAGAACAUCUUAAAUCUGAAGUAAAAACCGAUAUCACCAACGACGAUAUUGUCGCCCAAGCUCUUGUCUUCUUCUUUGCGGGUUUUGACUCGAGUUCCAACUUAAUGAGCUUCUUAGGACAUGAACUAUGUGCCAAUCCAGAUAUUCAAGAGAGCCUUAGAGAUGAAGUUAAAGAAACUAUGGAAAAUUGUAAUGGAAAAUUAACAUACGAAGCUCUUGUAAACAUGAAAUAUAUGGAUAUGGUGGUGUCAGAAUGCCUAAGAAAAUGGCCAGCUAUGCCAACAUUGGACAGACUAUGUACCAAACCGUAUACCAUCGAACCAGUUUUACCUGAAGAAAAGCCAGUUCAACUAAAACCAGGUGACAUCGUACAUCUGUCCAUCUACUCCAUCCAUCACGAUCCUGAACUAUUUCCAGAUCCAGAAUCUUUCGAUCCUGAAAGAUUCAGUGAAGAAAACAAAGCUAACAUUAAACCCUAUUCUUAUAUGCCAUUCGGACUGGGACCCAGGAAUUGUAUCGGCUCCAGAUUUGCGCUUCUAGAAACAAAAAUAUUAUUUUUCUAUAUUUUGAGAUAUUUUAAAAUAGUCCCGACCGAAAAAACGGAUAUACCGAUCGAAUUGGACAAGAGUGUGUUUAGGAUUAUACCAAACAAAGGUAUUAAUGUAGGAUUUGAACGUAUUAAAUCAGAAUAAAAAUAAAACAAUAUGGAAAAAAAAUUUUAAGAAACGCUUUUAUUAAGUUAUGAGUGACUAAAAGUUAAAAUAUAAAAAAAUCAAUAAAAAAGCAAAAAAUAAAAAAAUCAAUCUCGACGGAUUAUUCGAAAAAAACGUUCGUUAAAAAUGAAAAAAUCUAACACAUUCGUCAAAGAAAAGCUUGGGGCGAAAACCGUUUAUUCGAUGAAGACGAGCCCCACGCUUUUCUUUAACGAAUGUGUUAGAUUUUUUCAUUUUUUUAACGAACGUUUUUUUCGAAUAAUCCGUCGAGUUUGAUUUUUUUUUAUUUUUUGCUUUUUAUUUGAUUUUUUUAUAUUUUAACUUUUAGUCACUCAUAAAUAAAUAAAAGCGUUUCUUAAAAAAAUCUUCAUAUUGUUUUAUUUUUUACUUUUUAGUCUUACACUUUUCAAACAUUAAAAUAUAUCGUCAUGUUUAAAAAAAAAGGAUGUAGGUAUAUGACAGAUACCUUUUUUGCAUUUAUUUUAACUUUUGAUACAUACAUUGUACAUUUUCUGUAAUUUCUUUAUAUUUCUUAAAUCAAAAUCAUUAUUUACGACUAUUAUAGUUUUCGCAGUAUUUCCAUCUCUUGUAAUACUUUACUAUUGCACGGUGUAGACGCUGUUAAUUUCUCGCAAUGCAGUUCUUCGAUGCGCAAGCCAUCUAAAAGUACGUAUCCAUACAAGGGUAAACCUCUCUCGGUGUAGUAGCUCCACUUAGUGGAUACGUCGCGUCAGUGAUCGCCGCUUGGCGCGUACACUCUUCGUUUCAACCGGUUUGCGGUUUAUAUAUAAGGGGCGCAUGCUGUAUCCAUUUGAGCAGCUACACCGAGCGGGGUUCACCCUUGUAUGGAUACGUACCUUAAUGAUCGCACUCGGCUCAAUGAAACGUAAGCUUUGCAGGCUCAAUGCAGGCUUUUAAGCAUGUCCUUACGCAAACACUUUCGGGCCCAAGUUCCCGACAGCGCAGCGUAGUCAGUAGUCGAACCUUGUGUUUUAUGGACAGUCGAAGCCCACGACGAUACUAAGGGCAACAUUCGUCCCUCUGCGGUGCCAUAACUUUUUUUCGCUGAAAACUGGAUAGAAAUCGGACAAAAACUGGAUAAAUUUGAAACUUUAUUGUUUGUAUAUGAAGCAUAACGUAAACAAAUAACGUAAAAGGUGAAAUUAUGUAUAGUUCAUAUAAUUAGCUAUAAUCUGUAAAAGUUUCAAGUUUCUACAUUGUAAAAAACAAGAGAAUUUAAGCAUUUUCCAUUAAAAUGGUUUUUUUAUUUAAACAAUUCAUAAACAUAAAAAAAAAUUUGAUCGACUAUUCGUGUAUUGUUCCCGCGAAUCCAUAUGUCUGCAAAAUUUCAUUCAUUUCCAUUGAAGAAAAGGCAGUCAAAUUAACUUCUAAAGAUUUGACGCAAACGAUUGAACUAAAUAAAAGCGUUUAAUAAUUGCAUUUA